AUGCCCCAACCCUUUUCCAACCAGGUGCCAACCGCUCCCGAAACGCGCCCUGCCACUCUUGUCUCCCAAGACGAGGCGCAGGACGAAGAGGAAAUCAGUGUUCUUUCAACUCCACCCCAUCAUGGGCAUGGCAUUCCCUCCAAUGAACCGUUGCCCGCAGCUUCAUCGGGUGUUGCCCCUUCUCACAAAAUAUCCACGACUGAAAACUUCAAGAAAGCUCCUGCUCAGUUGGCAUCUGAUAUUCAUGAACUCGACAUUGGCAGUGGACAGAUCUAUAAACCCCAUAUUGAUGCCAACCCCGAUCUGGGAGACUUGAGUCCUGGACAGUGCAGUGGGCCGUACGCCAACACGUCCACAUCUCCAUUGGGAAUUUGGGACAUUAGCAAGGACGUGCCCGCAAGUUCUGUCCUUGAGAAGUGGACUGAGGAGGAUCUGCUGAAGUUUGGAAUUCACGAGGGCAUAGACGCAAACCACGGCCUUCCGCCGUUCGACGAGAAUGUUCGUGAAUAUUACACAGCAAAAACAGCAUCUAGUAAGAGAAAGUCUGAUGAUGGUAUCCAUGACUCUACCGAGAGCUACGGCGGCAUAAACGUGACAUUUGGUCUUCCUCCAUGGAUCGAAACUAAGUUCAGCGAGACAGGAGAAACAUUGGAAAAGAACAGCAAUCAGUACCAUUUUGGCGCACCAUUCGUCCAAGUUUCUGGCCUUUCUCCAACUCCACCCCGCAAAGAUACGGAUUGCAAAGCUUUGCGGUCUGUCUCGUUGAGUGCUGUUGGUACCCCCACGGUGGCAGAAUCCCGCACUCUGCCUCUUGCAGAGACCAAAGAUACUGCAGCAACUGGGGACACUGACAUCGACUUCCCCUGCUCCCGCAAGAUUCCUAGCGCCUCUGAACGGCCGGAGUCUUCAUUUGCGCUGCGGGAUGUAUCGGUGAUUCCUUGGACUGACUGUUACCCCGACGACCCCGAUAAGGCUAGAGAACUUGCAACAAGUACCGGUGUUCCUGGACUCCAAAUCUAUUCUGUGGAUAUUUUUACACAUGCUACUUCAGAUACGCAAGUUCUCGGUGAAGUCGAUGCUACUCAAGAUAGUCACAACUUCAGGGUCGAAAUGGAACCCCAACCCAAUGAUUCCGUAAGGGCAUCGAGCGUGACUGACUCGGAGCGUGCUGAUGAGUCUGAUUGGGUAAAAGUGGAAAUAGAGACAGAAAAUCCGGACCAAACGGACAAUGUAUAA